AUGCAAACCGUUACUCUUGAUAUGAAUCAGCUGGGGUCACCGCCCGUCCCGCGCCCCGCACACAGCCCAUCCACUGAUAAAUCGUUACCGAGGGCGACACGUAUUGUAAACAACGACACUUUAGAACUUACCGGCGAUUCUAAUACACAAGUAAUUGCUACUAAAUCAAAGAAAUCAUUUGCAACUGUAGCGAAAACGGGUGAGUGGAAUCUGGUUCAGAGGAAAAGAUAUAAAAAUCGAUUUAUGAGAAACAAAGGAAAAGCGGUUGUCCAGCCAGAUAACAACUUUAAAGCGCGGAUAUUAGUAUUCCUAUAUACAUUUACAAUGUCUCAAAGGAGACAACAGCGGAAGAUAUUUUAA